AUGUCAAACUAUACCCAAUUAACACCAAAUGAUGCUGCAUCCACAGGCCCAGUUGCAACCGUUCUUUGUUGCAACUGUGGUGUUCCUAUGGAUGGGUCACAAGGGCUUGUAAUGUGUUAUGAUUGUAUCAAACUAAAUGUUGAUAUAACUGAAGGUAUUCCAAGAGAGGCAAAUGUUUCGUUUUGCAGAAACUGUGAAAGAUUUUUACAACCCCCAGGACAAUGGGUUAGAGCUCAACUUGAAUCUAGAGAGCUUCUUGCUCUUUGUCUCAGGCGUCUAAAAGGGUUAAAUAAAGUGAGAUUGGUUGAUGCGUCAUUCAUAUGGACUGAGCCACAUUCACGUAGAAUCAGAGUUAAACUCACUGUCCAAGGUGAAGCAAUGGCCAACACUAUAGUUCAGCAGACUUUUGAGGUGGAAUAUGUUGUUAUUGCAAUGCAAUGUGCCGAUUGUGCAAAGUCAUACACCACAAAUACUUGGAGGGCAACUGUUCAAAUAAGGCAAAAGGUUCCCCACAAGAGGACAUUCUUGUAUUUGGAACAAUUAAUCUUAAAGCACAAUGCACAUAUGGACACAGUAUCAAUUCAAGAGACCAAAGAUGGGUUGGAUUUCUUUUAUGCUCAAAAAAACCACGCGGCCAAAAUGGUUGAUUUCUUAACUUCAGUUGCUCCAGUCAAGGUAAAAAAAUCAGAAGAGCUUGUUAGUACAGAUAUACACUCGGGAUCUUCCAGUUAUAAAUUUUCUUACUCGAUUGAAAUUGCCCCAAUUUGUCGUGAUGACUUGGUGGUAUUGCCAAAGAAGUUGGCGCAUUCGAUGGGAAAUAUUUCAAGAUUGGUGUUAUGUAACAAGGUCAAUAAUGCCAUGCAAUUUAUUGAUUUCAGCUCAUUACAAACAGCUGAUUUGUCAUCGCAAGUGUAUUGGAGAUCACCAUUUCCCUCGUUGGUAGAUGCAACCCAAUUGGUUGAGUUUAUCGUGUUAGAUAUCGAGCCUACUGGUGAUAUGAAGGGAAAAUAUGUGUUGGCAGAUAUAGAGGUCAGCCGGGCCAGUGAUUUGGGAUCCAAUGACCAGACUUUUUAUGUGAGGACGCACUUAGGUGCUAUUUUACAUCCAGGGGAUUCAUGUCUUGGGUACUAUUUGACCAACUCAAAUUUAAACUCAGAGCUUUGGGAUACUUUAGAUACUGAUAACACACCGGAGGUAGUCAUUGUCAAGAAGCACUAUCCAAGGAAGUCAAAGAAAUCAAAGAACAGAAAGUGGAAGUUGAAGAGAAUGGCUAAAGAGCAUAAUGAUAUUAUUGCAAAUGAUGAUUCAAGACAAGCUAGACAAGAACAAGAAAAGGCAGAGAGAGACUACGAGUUAUUCUUACAAGAAUUGGAAGAAGAUGAAGAGUUGAGACAAACAAUCAAUAUGUAUAAAGCCGAUGAAGGACAAUCACAAAGGGAUGAUGAUGAUAUCGAUGAAGAUGAGGACGACGCACCAAGAAUUGCCAUUGACGAAUUGCUUGAUGAGCUUGAUGAUAUGACCUUGCAAGAUACGCCGAUGAAUGAGUAG